AUGCAAAACCUGAGCUCGCUGGGCGUCUCGAGCGCCACGUUGCUGACAGUCCGCCAUGCGAUGCUCGCCGGGUUCUCGCCUAACCCCAGGAGCUUGGGCAACGGGGCGCCCGUGCCGGGCACCGCCAUUUACCAGACUCCCAACCUCACAGGAUGUAAGGAGACAGAACUAUGGACAACGAUCGUGCAGGCGGUGCCUGAGUGUACUGGGGCCACAGCGGUGGAUGGCGGAGCCUGUGGAGGAGAGCCCGUGCUGGUGUAUGUGGGGUGGGAGAGCGUGGAGGUGCAUGACGCGUAUCAUUACACUAAACACGCCGGCGGGCGGUCAUCCGGCGCGAGCACAAGGGGUUCCGCGAGGACCGGCACCGUCGCACUCGCGCACUCCGAACCUGUGAAGUACCACUGA